AUGUUUCUAUGGAAUUUAAAUGAUCUUGAAAAGGGUUCGAAAAAUGCUGUGGCAUUAACGAAUGAUGAAAAAUCAAUCCAGGAAUACUUGUUUCGCCAAAAUAUGGACAGGUAUCUUUAUGUUGUUGUCUUCUGUUGCCUCGAGGAUUUUCUGGGACUCAACUUUUACUGGUUUAUUGAAAAAAGAAAAGAGAAACAUGACGAUCCCUUAAAUCUUAACAGUUCACCAGUUUCUGAUGUUCUUUUAUAA